AUGGCCCCGGCGGCGGUGGUAGCCGCCGCCAGACCACGUCUCGUGGCUCGCACGCGAGUUCUCUCGUCGACCCGCCGCGCGACCGUCUCACCCGCGGCCGCGCGGCUCGACGCGUCGUCGUCGUCGUCGCCAUCUUCGGGGAUGACGAUCCUCACGUACCGAAGCCACCACGGGCGCCUCGACGCCGCCGUCGAGCAUCCGCGCACGAGGCGCACCGCGUCGAUCGUCACGCGCGCGGCGGAUGAUCCCACCGCGGGAGCGGCCGGCGCGUCGAAGGACGACGACGACUCCGACGACGGCCGCCGGGCGGGCGUGGUGGACGACUACGACGACGACGACUGGGUCAAGAAGAACGAGGACAUCGUCCGAGCCUACCCUUUGGUCGUCGGCGUCACCGCGGUCGUCGCCAUCUUGGUCAACCGCGCGGUGUCCGGGAUCGCCGCCGUCGCGGACGCGAGUUCGUCGCAGACCCGAGCGGACGUCCUCGCGCUGAUCAUGGCGGGGACGCUCAUCCUCACCGGUCUCACGUGGAUAUCGCUCAAACCGAAAGAUCCAUUCUCGGUUCGGUUAAACGGCGCUCCCCUCGGUUCGCCCUACGUCGACGCGUCCCUGACCGAGUAUCAGCGGCGGGAGCUGACGUGGAUGUGGGAGGCUAUCCAGGCGGGCAGCAGCGCGGGCGCGGCGGCCGUCUACUACGACGGGCGGCGCGUGAUGCAAGCGGGGGUGGUCCCGAAAAAACUCGCCUUUUCCCUCGGCGACGCCGGCUCCGCGAUGAAGGUUGGAAAGAUAUGCGAGGAGUGCAUGAAGGACGGUCGGAGCAACUACCUCGCCAACCUGGCGUUGUUCCCGGGGCGCGUGGAGUUCGUCGGGCCAGGCGAGGGGUCGUACAUGCCGGACAACACGCAAGCCGUGGUGGUCGUUCCCGUCGGCGAUAAAGGGGUGAUGGUGUGCGGCAGCGGCACGCAGCGGGGGUUCACGCGAGCGGACCAGUCGUGGUUUUCGUGUCUGGCGGAGAAGCUGGACGUGACGCUCAGCGGGGAGAUGGAACGCUCGGGGCUUCGGUCGGCGAAGAGUGGGGACGGGGAUUAG